UACCCCUCUCGCUUCGCUCCCCUCCCCUCCCCUCCCCUCCCCUCCCUCUCUGUCCCCGCUGCCCGGACGUGCGGUUUCCUCUCGGGCCGAGUUCUGGAGACGGAGUGACGUGUUUGGGGGAGGACGGGUUCCGCAUUCCCCCCGCUGUCGGCCCAGGCCGGACGAUGGAGGGAGCGGGUCCGCGGGAGCGGCGGCCAAGCGGGAGCCGGGAGCGGGAGCGGGAGCGGCCGGGAGUCCGUGGGCGGCGGACGGUGGUGGGGAGCGGUCUGGCAGCCUCCCCGACCCUACCCGAAACCUGUUGCCUACUGCAGAUGUUGCCUGUGGAGUCCGGACGCUCACUGGUGACUGGAACCCUUCCCACGCUGGGCACGUUAACUGGCUUUCCGAUCGACACGCUGAGCACGUUGACCGGCUUACCCAUCGACACGCUGGGCACGUUGACUGGCUUACCCAUCGACACGCCGGGCAGUAAGGGGCUGAAGCUGGGGGGCCUGUGUCAGGUCCCGGCGGUGAUCUCUCCCCUGCACUGCCUGGCUCUGCACUACAACAGGCAGCCGCACCUGCUCAAGGCGGAGGACGACCGGGAGGAGGACGAGCGGCGGCGGAGACGGCGGGAGAAGAACAAGGUGGCAGCAGCGCGGUGUCGCAACAAGAAACGGGAGCGAACCGAGUUCCUGCAGAAGGAGUCCGAGCGGCUGGAGCUGAUGAACGGGCAGCUGAAAACCCAGAUCGAGGAGCUGAAACGGGAGAGACAAGAACUGAUUCAGCUGCUGAACCUGCACCGGCCCACAUGCAUCGUCAGAACAGACAGUGUCCGCAGCCCCGACUCGCUCCUCACACAGUGACUAACCUGUAACCGGCUC